GCGAAACCUGUUUGGAGACCUUCUCGGCCGUUUUUCAAAACCUUAUUUUAACAGUAACGAACACCAACUAUGAAGUAAGCCCGCAGCUAAUCCCCGUCAGAACAAGCAAAUAGGAGAGUGAACAAGGCAGGGGGCAAAGCAAUCCUUUCCUUCACCUCCAACUCGAAGAAUAGAAGCAAAUCGCCCCUCAUAAAAGCAAGCUAGGCCGGCAUGUCACAUAUCCCCCCUCAGUAGCCCAUCGAUCGACGCCAUCGAGUAGAAGAGCGAACAAAAAUGCCGCCGCGAUUUAUCUCCGCUGGCUAUGACUAUGACGAGCGGCAGCCGGCGGCCAAGCUCUUUGGACGGCGAAGGACCAUUCACCAGCUAUUCGGCGGAGGAAAAGUUGCUGAUAUUGUGCUAUGGAGAAACAAGCAUUUAUCAGGGGUCAUUCUUGCUGGAGUGACCGUGACGUGGUUUCUAUUUGAGGUUGUGGAGUAUCAUUUUCUUACUCUCCUCUGCCAAUUCUUCAUCGCUGCGAUGCUUUUGAUUUUUAUCUGGUCUAAUGGCGCAGCCCUGCUUGAUCGGAGCCCACCAAAGAUUCCUGAAAUCAUCUUAUCAGAGAGAACCUUUAGAGAGUUUGCAAUCUACUUACAUGCCAGGCUGAGCCGCUUCUUGGUCAUUUUCCAAAAUGUGGCAACGGGGAGGGAUCUUAGACUUUUCCUUCUGGUAAUUGCUUCUCUUUGGAUAUUAUCAGUGGUAGGAAGCUUCUUCAGCUCCCUAAACUUGUUAUACUUAGGUUAUCUCUGCGUUCAGAUUUUGCCCGCUCUAUAUGAGCGUUAUGAGAGAGAAGUGGAUCAUUUGGCAUUCAUGGGAAGCCGCGAUCUUAAAAGACUCUUUCAUAGAUUUGAUACCAAUGUUCUCAACAAAAUUCCACGAGGUCCUAUAAAAGAGAAGAAAUACAGAUGAAGUAUUCAGCUUGGAAGUUAUAGAAAUUGGCGACGCUGAUUCAAGAUUUGAAAGCACCUUGUGUGAUGACAACUUAUAUUUAAUAUAGGGUCAAGUUUAUUUGGAUUCAUUCUGUUUAUUUACUUAUGUAAAUUUAUCUUUUAUGUACAUAUUAGUGUUGAAAAUGAUAUGUAUUUGGAUAUAUCCAUAUUGACAUUACAUAAACUAGUUUACACUUUAUCAAAGUUGUAUAUG